CAGUGGAGAAGGUUAGGCUGAAAUAUCAUGGCUACCCAGGCUGCCUUCCAAAAUACGAUGAUCAUGAAGUAAGCCACAUUGAGCAUAGUGAGACUUGAGUCAGAUUAAACCUGCCUAGGAUUGUACUUCUGUUCAUGCUUCCGACUCAGCGGGUUUUUGAAGAUUCCAAGUCCAGGACUCUCUCUACCUGAUGCUUGCCAUGCUGUGGUCCCCUAGCCAGCUUUCUUAACUGGGAUAUUGCUACCAGAUACCAGUCUCUUCCUCCCUCCUGGAGGACUCUGUGGAAUAUACCUCACUUAACCUUGCAGACUGCAGUGCAUUCAAAACUGAGACAGCAAAUUUGCUGGCUCAUUGUUGGAGAAAGAACCACUGACUAGAAAACAAGGCACUAGAGAAGAUUUGUUCUGUAUUUCUGGACAUCGGUUUUUCAGCGGUCCUAGGAAACUUCUGGUGUCAGCUUACCUGCCUCAUUCUUGGGUGUGAGGAGAGCAUGCAGCUGAAGAAACCAAAAAAGAAGGAAGUGAGCCAGGACAUUUUUGGCCCAAAAAUCUGCGAUGUAAUUUUUACUGAAGAUGCCAAGAUGGACUUUGAGUAUAUGAAGAAUUCUGAGUCCUCAGUUUGGUAAUUCUCAAACGGAUUGAUGAAAACAAAACGAUGACAAGUUGUGGUCUACAAUCCUUAAAUACGCUGAUGGUUGUUUUCUCCUUGCUUUUGCCAGCAGCUCUGUCCACACAUUUUCGAGUCUGUGAGCCAUAUACAGACUACAAAGGCCGCUCCCAUUUUGGAUUCCACUGUCCACGUCUUUCUGACAAUAAAUCGUACAUCUUUUGCUGUCACCAUAACAACACCGUGUUUAAAUACUGCUGUAAUGAGACGGAGUUUCAGACUGUUAUGCAGAUGAACCUAACAGGGAAUGCAGAUGGAUAUAUGCACAAUAAUUACAGUGCAUUGUUAGGCGUCUGGAUCUAUGGGUUUUUUGUUGUGGUUUUGCUGGUACUGGACCUUUUGUAUUACUCCUCAAUGAACUACGAUAUUUGCAAACUGUACCUGGCAAGAUGGGGAAUCGAGGGGAAAUGGAUGAAACCGGAAGCAAGCCGGUGGAUUAAACCUGCUCAGGACCCAAGACAAGUACAGGCUCCGACUCAGCCUACGCCUCAAACACUGCAGGCAGCACAUGCAUUAAAAGCAGAAGCUUUAAAUCCGCCACUGAUGUCUUUUCCCAGUUCAACUGCCUGCAUUAAACGGGGAUCCUAUGUUAGGAUCAGUCUGGAAACCAUCUGAGUGUUGUGUGAUCUGAAUCGAGAUUCUGUUAGAUAUGCAUCCACAAUAUUCACAAAACGCCGUCACACUUGGCACCCGUGUGGGAUCCAUGACUGAAUAAGAGGCAGCUCUUUUGCUCUGCUCCAUGGUGGUUUCCCGGGUCAUCGGCAAGAUCAGGAGCUCAACAAAUCUUACCAGCUGUUGAAAUCUAAGGGGAGAUUAUUUAUUGAAGAGAUUGAGCCAGAAAUGUACCCAUUUGGGAGACUCUAAUUGGCUAGCAUUUUAACUGAAAAGUCUACAGGCACCUCCAACAGGUGUUUCAUUGUAGAUGUUUACUGCCACAUUUUCUUAACACAAUAAUAGAGCGUUGGUGGUAGAUUUAUCUUGUUAUACUUUUCUGUGGUGAAUCCCCAAUGCUACUAUGUUAUUGCAGUCCUGAGUGGCUGUGGUAGAACAAAAGAGGACAAAAAUUAAACCAGAACAUUUGUGGUAUAAAAGUUGUGCAGUUUCUGCAGAAAGUUAUGGGACUGAAAAUGAAGCAGCGUGACUACUAGGGAGGUGCAAUAAAUCG